AUGUCUUGCUUCCAGCUUCAGAAUGUUCUCGGCAAGACACCAGAAUUACGCUUCUGGCACAGCAGAGGGGCGAUUACUGAUCGCCUUACUUUUGACAACGAUGGGGGGCAACUAUAUAGCAGUGGCAGUUCACAUUGGCGGCUAUGCGACGACGGCGCGUGCGAUCUCAAAGAUAAGGAGCUUAACCAUAAACUUAUCUUUGGAACGAGACGGGCGACCUCCUUUCUCCUAACGGACAACUCUCGAUUCACCGACUGGCCCAAUAACCGGGAUCAUACUGGAUGCAAUUACCUGGCGAUUCUAGCAUUUGCCUGGGCUUACAUUCUAUCAGCCAAAUGGGUAGAGAUGCAGACGCCUGUAAAUGCAAAGUCAGGUCCUCGUAGUCAGAUACAAUAUCAGAAUUGGUGGGAGAAGGAACACAACGACAAUUCUCCUGAAGAGAUUGCAGUAGAUCUUGGCUGUCUCUGCGACGAUGCGGCACAGUGGUGGGCCGCAGUAAUAGCUCAAGCGUGGACUGCUACGAGUGUAAUUCAUGGUGGGGUUUAUCUGUCUCCCUGGUCCGUUCGAAUCUCUAAUAACCAGAGGUUCAAGCUUCAAAGAACUUCAAGCAACCUCCAUCCCUCAUCGCAAUUAGCUCCACCAUCAUCCGACAAAGCCUUACAAUUUCUACAAGACUUGUGUGUCACUUACGACAUCCACGACCAGGGUUUAGCAGCUCUCGCCAUGGCCUUACUAUUCCCAACCCUUGGCAACAAGGCGGAUACGUCACUUCCCCGACCUCGUUGUUCCAACAUUUCUCCUCCGGGCUCUACCACGAAGCCUCAAGGUUUUGUACAUCAGUCUAUUUUGGAAGAAUACGAUCGUCUUCCUUACUAUAUGACGCUAAGUUGCAAUCCGCGAGGAGUGCUUGCGCUCCUUGGCGGGCCAUUUUUUGAUCAGACAAUAGAGUGUAACGUUGUAAGCCCGUGGCUGGAACCAAUUUUUUCUAUCAUCAACAAAUGUGACCACCAGAAAUUAGUCGCAAUUAUGGCGAAACGACAGCCUUCCCUCGCUCCUCUAUGGCUAGGUGCUGCUAUCCUCGGCCUUGAAAAACGUGUUCUACAAAUGGCCCGGUCAGGCACACCUCCCGUAGAUCUCCAUGCUGGAGCUUGGACAGCAACGACUCAUUCAUUUAUCAGUCUUAGUCCAUCCCAGCCUAUUUUUAGAAACGAGAUAAGCCGUGCAGAUGAAUGUCGUAUGCUCUUCCUAACUGGAUCCGACCACGAUAAGGCUCCGAUAUGUCCUUGGCAGCCUUUUGGUAACACACGGAUUUGUGACACUGACAUUGAGGUCCAAGGACACAUUCACUGCGGACAUAGAUUGGAAUAUGUCGGAUGGAAAUGGGACCUGACUGGACGUAAAGGUGUUAUUGACGAAGGAUACAAUAUUCAAACCACGAGGAGGUCUGAUUGGGCAAUCCCUCAGCCUAUAUUAUUGGAAAUACCGUCACGCAUAACCCUUAAAUCCGACGUUGCGUCAAAGGUAGCGACACGGGGUAUCUUCUCCUGGUUAAGGGCAGACGGCUGGCCCGCAUCUGAGGUAAACAUUCGCACCCAUGAGUGGUUUGAUCUUGGAGAGUCCGACGAAGAGUUAGAUAGCGGUGGCGCAUCUGAUGUCGAACAGGAGGGAGUCUGUGAGCGCAUUAAAGAAUGGCAAAAGGGACUAGCCGUCUAUGGGUAUCUACUGUAG